CCCAGGGUGGUUGGCCCGGGCCCCGCCAGGUGCCUCUAGUGUGCCUGGCGUUGUUGUGGUGGGCAGACGCACGCCGUAAACAAAGUUAUAUUUUAUCACUUUUUCCACCAUUUCUAGGCCUUAAAUUCUACUACAGCGGACAGGAUACAAGGAUGAGGGGUCCCUAGAGGUGAUGGUGAAGAGGGUCAUCACAGCUGCCGCCAUGACAACACACGUCCUGCCCCGCCUGCUCCUCCUGGUGGCUUCCUUCACCCUCCCUUCCUGGGGUCAGGUGGUGCUGGAACUGGCAGUGGCGUCUGGCAACACAGAACCGAGCGCAGGGAACAACGUCACACUCAGCUGUCGGGGCCGCGGUGACCUCCUGCAGUGGCGACAUGGACACCACAAUAUCACAUUUAUUCCCCAUCCCAUCCCAAGGCCAAGUGAGGACCGGUAUCAUGUGGAAAUUAUCAAGGAGAAACCAAAGGCCAUUAAAAGCAACCUCACCAUUAUGCAUGUCACCUUGAGGGACUCCGGCCACUACCACUGUCAGAUCACCAAGACUAACAAGGACAAGGUAGCCGAGGAUGAUAUUGCUCUUCAUGUACAGGCGAGCCCGGUGCUGAGGGAGGCUCGCAACACCACAGCGAGGGCCGGGCACAAGGCUCAGCUCUCCUGUACCUUCUCUGCUGCACCUGCCCCCGAGGUGCACUGGCUCAGGGGGAAGGUGAUGCUCGAUAAGAUAAAGGACUACGCCAUCCGGUCUAAGCAAGAGUCUGGCCUCCACCUGUCAGACCUGCUGAUUGACAAUGUGACUCUGAAGGACAAUGGAACCUACAAGUGUGUCGCCUCCAACUCUGAGGGUCCCGGAGACAGGCCCGGAGAACCCAUCCUCAUUGUGCAAGACCUGCCGGAAGUGAACCUGACGCUGGUGAGGGCGAUUGGCACCUCACAGAUCCAGAUGGAGUGGGCCGUGGUGGACAACAACUCACCCAUACAGCAAACUAAGAUAUUGAUUGCAACAGGAGACGCAGAUUUCGGGGAACCAUCACUGUUGGCGGGGGAUCAGCAGGACAUCAUUCUGGAGGACGUGGGCAGCGCUGGGGAGGACGUGCGGGUCAAGAUCCUGGUGGCCAAUGAGAUAGGAGAGUCAGAGAGCGAGGAGGAGAUUGUUACGCUCCUUAGUGAGGAGCCAAGCUUUGUGCCGGUGGCUUCUCCCAAGGGCUCAGGACAAAACUCCUUCACUGUGGGAUGGACCCAGCCCAGGGAGGAAGCAAGCGAUCUUGUAGGACGCUACCACCUCUUCCUGCAGGAACCAGAGUCUGGGGACACACAGGAGCUGUUCCUCCCCGUAACGGCGGUGGACCACAUGUUCACCAACCUCAAGCCGGCCACUGAGUACACUUUCCAGGUUGCUGCCUGCAAGGACGUCUUCCCGGAGAAGGAGAAGGACUGCGGCAAGUACUCCCAGGCAGUGCGAGGCAAGACGAUGAACGGCAUGCCGGGUGUCAUCUCUGACCUGCUGGUGAAGUGCAGGCAGAACCUGCACACCAACACCAACACCGUCCACAUUCAGUGGCGGCCGCCCAUCACCUCCAAUGGCGUCAUUGACCACUACAAGAUUGAGCUGAAGGGAAGUGCGUCGUACAUCAACGAGGAAGGCCAGAGACAGUUUGACAACACGGAACACAAGGAGAAUGUUGCCGGCUCACUCAGGAACUACACCUUCUAUGGUGCUCUGCCCAACACUAACUAUACUGUCAAGGUGUAUGCAGGCAUCAGGCGGCAGUACAGCUCCCCCAUGAAUGCAGUGUGCCGCAUGCCCGUGUCCACACCCCACCCCACACACAUCAAGAAGUGGUGGCUCUACCAUCAUGACGACCGCAUUGUCCUGAGGCUGCCCACACCACACGUCACCGAGAGGAACGGCACUAUUUGCUGCCACAGGGUGGUGGUGAUGAAGCUGGAGAGUGGUGCGUCCCUACAGAUACUCCCUGACCCCAGCAAGAUCCCCCUGAGCACAUAUGAGGAAGUGCACAGCUCCCCGUCCUCCACUGGCGCCUAUGUUGCUGAGGCCUUUUCGGGAUGGCACAUUAAGGACAAGUACCUCCUGCUGGGGGAUGGGAAGGUGGCAGGGAACUGGUCCUGGGGCUGCUCCUCCUGCCUUGGAAGUCCCACAGGGGAUCCCACACCCUCCCACAGCACAGACAACCACCCCACCACAGCGCCACUAACUCGAGGCAACCGCAGGGACCUCCUAUCCCUGCAGAAGGUGCCGCCGCUGGUUGACGGGGUGUUGUCCAGCGAGGCAAACUACACCGGCUUUGUUAUUAUGUCAGUGCCAGCCAAAGAUGGGAAGCUGCUAACCACCUACACUGACUACCUGCCCAUCAUCCAGCCUAAGGAGGUGGUGAGGACGUACGACCCUGACCCUUCCUCCAGGACACCCGAGAUGCAGAUUAUUUACGUUGCCGCGGGUCUGUUCACCUUCCUCCUCCUCCUCACCUUCACCCUGUGCUCCCUCCUGUGCUUCUAUCGCCGCAGGAACAAGCACCUGGAGGAGGAGGAGGUGGCCGAGAGUCUGUCUGGCUCCCUCGGGAGAAUCUUCAGGUCCCUGCGACGCUCCCACACACUCAUGUCCCAGCCAGCCGUCGACGUGAAACCCAUCCCUCGCGACGAGCUGGUGCCGCAGUACAUCGAGAAGCUUAAGGACUCAGAACUUGGCUUCCGCAGAGAGUAUGAGGCUCUACCAGAGAAAUUUUACGACCGCACCAGCAGAGCGUCGGACAUGAUAGAGAACGCCCCGAAGAACAGAUACCCAGACAUCAAGGCUUAUGACCAGACGCGGGUGAAGCUCUCGCAGCUCAACGGUGCCAUUGGGUCGGACUACAUCAACGCCAAUUAUGUUCUUGGCUACAAGGAGAGGAAGAAGUUCAUUUGUGCCCAGGGGCCCAUGGAAACAACAGUGGAUGACUUUUGGCGGAUGACGGUGGAGCAAGGGUGCGGCGUGGUGGUGAUGCUGACCAAUCUGGAGGAGACUGGCAAGGUGAAGUGUGUGAAGUACUGGCCUGAAGCGGGGCAGCCCAAGACUUUCGGCAAUAUCACCAUCUACCUGGUGAAGGAGAAGGCUUACUCAGACUUCAUGGUGCGGACACUGAGGGCUGAGUGGGGUGAGGGGGAUGAUCUUCACACUCAUGAGGUGCGCCAGUACCACUACCUCCUGUGGAAGGACUUCAUCGCCCCAGAGCAUCCCACGGGGGUCCUCUCCUUCCUGCGCAGGAUCAAUGAGGCUUACUCCCAUGAGCAGGGUUCCCUACUUGUGCACUGCAGUGCUGGUGUGGGCCGCACUGGCACGCUGGUGGCACUGGACUCGCUUGUCAUGGAGCUCGAUGAAGAAGGUCAGGCGUCCAUCUUCAACGUGAUUUGUGACCUGCGGCACCAACGGAACUUCCUGGUGCAGUCGCUGAAGCAGUACGUGUUCAUCCACCGUGCGCUGAUGGAGUACGCACAGUUUGGCAUCACAGAGCUGACCAUUGCCCAGCUGAAGGAGAUGUACAGCAACCACACACACCAUGACAGCAUGGAUGACUCCUCGCCGCUAGAGAAGGAGUUUGAGCGUCUUGGCAAGGUGGUGGAGGACCGGAAGCCUUUUGCCAUUGCCACCAGUGAAGAGAACAAACCCAAGAACCGCUAUGAUUAUGUCCUUCCCUACGAUUCAAACCGCGUUAUCCUGGCGCCACUCUCCACCAGACCAACCUCCACCUACAUCAACGCGUCCUUUGUCACUGGGUAUGACCUGGCGGAGUCCUUCAUUGUGACGCAGGACCCCAUGGAGAACACUGUGGCAGACUUCUGGAGGAUGGUGUUCGAUCAGGAGGUCAACACUAUCGUCAUGCUCUCGGAGGUGCGCCAUGAACAGCUGGGCAGUGGUGAACAGUGCUGCAACAAGUACUGGCCGGAUGACGAGGAGACAUACGAACACAUCUGUGUCAAGCUGGUGUCGAGUGAGAGCUACCCCAAGUACUCAUGUCGUUCCUUCCUCCUCACCAACACCAAGAACAGCGACGUGCUCACUGUGACCCACUUCCACUACAUCGGGUGGUCGGGGCUGCUGGGGGAGGUGCCUCUAGUGACCCACGGCAUCAUGGAGAUCAUCACUCGUGUCCAGACCCACACUGACGCCACCCUCUCCUCAGCCGCUCCCACCCUCGUCCACUGCUCGGGUGGCGGGGACAGAAGUAGUGUGUACGUCUGCCUCAACAACUGCCUGCGUCACCUGCGCCGUGAGGGUCGAGUGGACGUGUUCCAGACCUCCAGGAGAAUAAGGGCCCUCAGGCAGUUCCAGCUCAUGGAAUUUGCCCAGUAUGAGUUCUGCUACAAGGCACUGGUUGAGUUCAUCGACAGCAAGGGUCUGGAGAACCUCUGAGGGAGUUGCUGCCACACCAGCAUUAGCUUGACACAAUCUUUAAGAGUAUGAAUUUUAAUACUUAAGCAACCACUGCAGGGAGUGAGGGUGGAGUCAUUUGUGUAUUUGUGGAGCAGGGUGGCCGGCGGGGAUGGGUGUGCCGGCCAGCAGAGGUGGCGCAGCAUGCCAUUCUGCCGGGCCAUAGGAAUUGAUCUGCUAGAGUAGUUUUCUAGGUGGAGCAAACCAAGUGGCAUACCUUCAGGUGUGACUGGAGUCUGUUUUGAUGGUGAGAAUCUCCCGCCACUAUCCCGAGGGAGGCCCGGGGCAGUGUCCCUCACACACAUUGGCUCUUUGGUCAAGCGGUUUACUUAGUUCUGUAAGGCACAAAGGUCACAUUGGAGACCGGGUCAUGCUUUGGAUUGACUCCAGUUACUAGUGUGCACUCCCAGGUUCAGGAUUGAUAUUAACUUUUGAGUCACUUCAAAAUGUCAGUGGAAAAUUUCCCUUUGCAGCAUAACACAGUCCUCAUCCUUUGGUGGUGCACACCAGGGACUCGGCCUGACUUGCUGGUGGGCUGGGAGAGAGAGGCGUGCAGCAAGGGACCCAAGUGUCCCGGCCAUGGGAGUCGGUCCAUGGCGCUGGUUUGUCGUGCGGUCCCAAGCUUAGCCGAGAGAUAUGCAGCGUGGCCGAAGGGAAGCAUCUUCAGGCCAGGCAUCUGCUGCUGGGCCUUUUUGCUGCCCUAUGCUUUUAUAUUUUAAUUAAUCCUGUAUGGUUUGGUGGUCCUGUAAGCUUGCUGGGUGUCUCUCAGUUAUACAGCUGUGUUUACUUUGAGCUUAGGCUGUGGAAUGUCUGCCAAGAACAUACAUAUCCUGGCUGUGAGUGAGGGUAUGUCUGUGGCAGGAAGUUUUGCACUGUAACAUGUGGGAGGGACUAGAAACAUAGGUUAUCACUUACAAAGACGAUAGAGGUAAAAGUGAAAACAAUUAUCCAUGAUAUUGAAUUACUAUACAUCAUUCCCUUCCUCAAAAAAUUACAUCUGAAUAGUGUCUGUCAUGAAAUUUUGUACAUUUUUACAUCACAUUUUGCAUUUUUAUGGGUAUUUUUCUAUUUAUUUUUAAGCUGUGAUAAAUAAGGAAACUAAAGCAAGUAACUUAAGACCGAGGGCACAAAACAAGGACUUCCGGUAGAGAGAGAGAGAGAGAGAGAGAGUGUUACAGAGGCAGGACCCGCUGUGCUCAAGCUUCUUAGUCACCAUUGUUUGUGCUUGUGUUGUUGCCUCCCUCAGUGACCCUCAGCCAGCCAUCCAGGUGGAGCAGAACGCGUCGCCGGGUGUUUGGGAUUAAUAGGACGAAAUUUGGUGUCCUCUGCUGUAUUUGCCAAAUCUUAGCCUGUUUUGUAUAUAGCAGAACAUUUUGAGGGAAAAGAUCAAAUGGUACUUUACUCUUAGUCAUUUGCUUUAUCAGAAUGGGGGUGUACUUUAUAUAUGCACAAUCUUUUAUAUCAUUUCUAUUUUAAGUGAAAGUGUCUUAUCAUAAGGUACUAAAGCAUCCCAAGGUAUGUCAGAUAGUUCAUGUAGCCUCUUUACAGCAGUUUUAUUUAUUUAGUUUUUUUUUUUUUUU